UCAAACAUCGCAUUAAUUCACAUAUAUAUACACCAAAGAGACAAAAGGAGAGAGGAAAGAAAGAGGGAUCGAGGAGAGAUGGCUGAGGAACAUUUCACCCACGAACACCCCCUGAGCUUUCAGCAAUGGCCGGAAGGAAAAUAUUGCUCGGGCUGCAAGUUUCCCAUCGUCCAUGGAUCGGUGUACAAGUGCUGGGAAUGCAACUUCUACCUUCACGAACAGUGCUUCAAAGCAGAACGCUACUUUGACCACCCUUUCCACACCACUCACCCUCUCAAUCUUCAUCCCAACCCCACUUAUCCAGGCCGUUUCUUUUACUGCGAGAUCUGCCGCCAGGAAGGCCAUGGCUUUUCCUAUAGCUGUUCCGACUGUGACUUUGAUCUCCACAUCCAUUGCGCUUUGGCACCUGUUGGAACUGGAGGCACUGGUUAUUAUAAUUACAAUUAUAAUUACCCCCAAAACACGUCCGGAUCCUAUGGAGGAGGUAAUUAUAACAACUAUUACCCCCAAAACAGUACGCCAAGCUAUGGAGCUGAUUAUCCUGCAGGUUACCCACCAGCCGGAGGAUAUCAAUAUUAUGGGGACAACUCACAAUUCCAUAAUAAUCCAAGUGAUUAUUAUGCUACUGGGAAUGAGUUUCAACAGGGCAACCAGCAGUCACCGAGUUUUGCUGAUCAGUACGGUCCUGAAUCUACAGAUGGUACAUUUUCCCCCCCGGAGAAUUUUCCAAACCCAGCUACUAACCAGGAAAACCGGCCAACAGUUGAUCAGUUUGGACAAGUAUCUGAUGCUGCAAGCGAUGAAUCUAUUGCCAAUUCUCCUAACAAUACAGCUGCUCUUUCGAAUGAACUUCCACAGACUGAUGAUCAGUAUCAUCCGGUUCUUGAAACGGCUGCCAAUGCUCCUGCAGGACAGUACUACUCCCCACAAGACGGCCAAUCCGGGCCGGAAUCUGAUCCUAAUCGAACAACAAAGGUUUCACGAGCUGGUGAUGAAAAUCAAGCACUGUCACAAGAUGUGGAGCUCUUCGUCCACCACACUCUGCGGCCUUAUAAUGUCCCGCAGGGGGAUCCUGUUCUUUGCUCAGUUUGCAACCAAAAGCUUUCUGGCUCGACUUAUAGGUGCAGCGUCCACCUACACGAGUCGUGUUUUCUCUUAGUUGAGCCAGAGGAGGAGGAGAAGGAGGAGGAGGAGGAGGAAGAAGAAGAAGAAGAAGAAGAAGAAGAAGAAGAAGAAGAAGAAGAAGAAGAAGAAGAGUCUGGAGAACAUUUAGUAGAAGCCUCAAAAGAUGUUGCCACUAAAACUAAAAUCGGACGUUGUAAUUCCGGUGGCCAAAAAAAUAUACGACGACUCUCUCUAGGAAAUCAAUCCCAGCUGGAGUCUAAUAUUAAUCCAACAGAAAAUGUGUCAGAAGCUAGCGAAAAUCAAGCACGGCCGCAAAAUGUGAAGGACUUCAUCCACCACCACACUAUACGCCUUGUUAAUGCGUUGAAAGGCUCAAAGGAAGAAUCAGAAGAAGGACCAGAAAAUGAAGAAGGAAUGUCUGAAGAACAUUUCAUAGAAACCUCAGUUAACUCAAGUAAGCCCCAAAUAGCCAAAAUGCCUCAAGUUAAGCUGGGAUCUGCUGCCAGUAAAUUUAUGCGACGGAUCUCUCAAUGGAACGAUCAAUCUCAGCUCAAAUCUGACUCUAAUGUAAUAGAAAAUGUGCCAGAAUCUAGUGAAAAUCAAGCACAGCUGCAAAAUGUGAAGCACUUCAUUCGCCUGCGCCCUUAUAUUUUAUCGAAAGACCCAGAGGAAGAAUCAAAAGAAGGCACAAAAGAAGAACAGGAAGAAGAAGAAGAAGAAGAAGAAGAAGAAGAAGAAGAAGAAGAAGAAGAAGAAGAAAAAGAGUCUGGAGAACAUUCAGUAGAAGCCUUGGCUAAUUUAGUCGAUCCCCAAGUGAUCAAAAUGUUUAAACUUAAACAAGGAUCUAUUGCCGUUGAAACCAUAUCCCAUGACUCUGUUGACACUAAAAUUACACCCCGCAAAUUCGUUACAAAAAGAAUUAUGCGACAGAUCUCUCCAGGAAACAAUCAAUCUCUACUGAAAGCUAAUCCUAAUCCAACAACAAAUGUGGAGCAGUUGAGUCAUGACUACCACACUCAGCGCGAUGUUAAUGUCUUCAAAGUGGAAGAAGAAGAAGAAGAAGAAGAAGAAGAAGAAGAAGCCUCGGAUGAUUCAGUCAAUCCUCAAGUUAUCAAAAUGCUUCAACAGGGAUCUGUUGCCACUAAAACCAUAUCCCAUGCAUCUGGUGACACUAAAACAGCAUCCCGUAAAUUCGUUACAAAAAGAAUUAUACGACGGAUCUCUUAGGGAAAUUAACGACCAAGCUCGAUUGACGCAGUCGAGCUCCGUAUGAAAAUCUUUUGUGGUGCCUCAGUGUCUUGCCUCAGUUGUCAUGCUUCUUGUUGUUCGUGUUGUUGUCGUUGCUGUUAUUUCCGGUGGUGGUGUUGUUUUCUCAAGUUUGUUGCGACUUUGUGAAUUCAAAUAACCCAAAUAUUUUGGGAUCCUUUCUUCAGUUGAAAUAGGUACAAAUCUUUUUGUUUUU